AACUAAAACUAAAGCGUCGAACAACUCAAAGAAUGCUGACGAGGGCGAGGAAAGUAAGUUGGUAUUGCACCCGAAUGGCGUGACCUCUGGGGACCUGCUUUCGCUGAUCACUGGGCUGCUUUUAAACGGAGCAAAAUCUUCCUCAAGCUCAACCACUACCACUGCAAAAAAUGAAAAGAACAAUUAUGAUGCACAAGGACCAGUUCCAGUGGAUGUAGACCACUCAACAGCACCG